ACACGGUACGUGAACGCACCACGAGCGGCUCCAGAUGCGCUGCGUCCGCCCGACAGACCGGGUCCGUUGUGAUUUAUCCGCGUGGAUAGUCCCUCCCUCCGUGGAUAGUCCCACCCUGUUACAUAUAUGGUGCCACUGUCUUAUCACGCAUGCAUGUGUCCCACGCGCUGCAGCCGUUAAUAUUCGGGCCAUAUUCUGCCCCGCAUGGGAGCCCGCGAGGACGAACACGCCGCGGAAGUACACGUUAAUCUGCCGUCAUGGUGAACCAGGGACAGCGGGGGGACGGGAGCUGGCAGUCGUGCAAGAGCGACUCCAGCGGCGCCAGCAACAGCGGCGGGGACAGCUCCAAGGAGAGCUCGCGGUCCUCCACGCCGGUGCUGGACGGGGACCGGUCCGACCGGCUGCGGGACAAGAUGCGGAGGAGGACGGAGUCCGGGGACCGCUGGUUCUCGCUGGAGUUCUUCCCUCCGCGCACAGCCAGCGGAGCCGUGAACCUCAUCUCCAGGUUUGACCGUAUGGGCAGCGGGGGGCCCCUGUUCAUCGACAUCACCUGGCACCCGGCGGGGGACCCGGGCUCGGACAAGGAGACCUCGUCCCUGAUGAUCGCCAGCACGGCGGUGAACUACUGCGGCCUGGAGAGCGUCCUCCACCUGACCUGCUGCAACCAGACCAGAGACAAGAUCAGCGGCCACCUGGCCAAAGCCAAGCACCUGGGCCUCAAGAACAUCAUGGCUCUGAGGGGAGACCCGGUGGGCGCUGACUGGGAGGAGGAGGACGGAGGCUUCAACUACGCCACGGACCUCGUCAAACACAUCCGCUCAGAGUUCGACGACUACUUUGACAUCUGCGUUGCCGGCUACCCGACGGGCCACCCCGAGGCGGAGAGCUACGAGGACGACCUCCGACACCUGAAGGAGAAGGUGGACGCCGGAGCGGACUUCAUCAUCACCCAGUUGUUCUUCAGGGCCGACACGUUCCUCAAGUUCCUGGACGACUGCAGGGCGAUCGGGAUCACCUGUCCCAUCCUACCGGGAAUCUUCCCCAUUCAGGGUUACCAGUCUCUGCGGCAGCUCGUCAAGCUGUCGAAGCUCGAGGUACCGGAGGAGAUCACCAGAGUCAUCGAGCCCAUCAAAGAGAACGACGCCGCCAUCCGUAACUACGGCAUCCAACAGGCGGUGGAGAUGUGCCGCGUGCUGCUAGACAGCGGCAAGGUGCCGGGGCUCCACUUCUACACCCUGAACCGAGAGGUCGCCACCAUGGAGGUGCUCCGCCAGUUGGGCCUGUGGAUCGAGGACCCCAGGCGGCCUCUUCCCUGGGCAGUGAGUGCCCAUCCCAAACGGAAGGUAGAAGAUGUUCGACCCAUCUUCUGGGCCUCGCGGCCCAAGAGCUACAUCUACCGAACCCAGGACUGGGACGAGUUCCCCAACGGCCGAUGGGGAAACUCCUCGUCUCCAGCUUUUGGCGAGCUGAACGACUAUUACCUGUUCUACCUGAAGAGCAAGUCAUCUAAAGACGCUCUGCUGAAGAUGUGGGGCGAGGAGCUGCUGAGUGAAGAGAGCGUCUACGAGGUCUUCACCUGCUACAUCGCAGCCCAACCAAACCGCAGCGGGCACAAGGUGAUGUGUUUGCCGUGGAACGACGAGCCUUUGGCCCCGGAGACCAACCUGCUGAAGGACGAGCUGGAGAAGGUGAACCGACGAGGAGUCCUCACCAUCAACUCCCAGCCCAACAUCAACGGAAAACCCUCCACGGAUCCCAUAGCCGGCUGGGGGCCUGCAGGAGGCUACGUCUUCCAAAAGGCCUAUCUGGAGUUCUUCACCUCCAGCGAAAAUGUGAACGCUCUCCUCAAAGUACUGAAGAAGUACGAGCCCCGUGUCAACUACCACAUCGUUAACGUGCACGGCCGUAAUCUGACCAACGCCCCGGACAUGCAGCCUAACGCUGUGACGUGGGGGAUCUUUCCCGGCAGGGAGAUCGUCCAGCCGACCGUAGUGGACCCCGACAGCUUCAUGUACUGGAAGGACGAGGCCUUCGCCCUGUGGAUCGAGCAGUGGGCGAAGCUCUACGAAGACGAGUCUCCUUCACGAAUGAUCAUCAAGUACAUCCACGACAACUACUUCCUGGUCAACCUGGUGGACAACGACUUCCCCCUGGAGAGCUGCCUGUGGCGGGUCAUCAACGACAUGUUCGAGUUGCUCGACGCAACUCCAGAGCCGCUGGACGCAACUCCAGAGCCACUGGACGCAACUCCAGAGCUGCACAACGACGCAACUCCAGAGCUGCACAACGACGCAACUCCAGAGCCGCUGGACGCAACUCCAGAGCCGCUCGCCGACGCAACGGCCGCCCAAUGAAAUCACAGAAAGAAACCCUACAGAACGGUCAAUAUUUUAUGCAUUGCCUUAAAAAAAAGAGAGAAAAUGCUGCUACUUACAAAACAGAACAUAGCAAAGAUUAAGGAUUGUACUUCACAGUAUUUUUU